CCAUUGAAAAAUGACAGCAUACCAACUCAGGGGACCCCUGUCGGGUUGUCGUUUAGUGCUUGCGAUAGUCAGAUACACAGAUUUCAAAAGACCAGUGGAAUGGCUUAUGGGAAAGCAAUCAAGUACAGUCCUGGAGGAUUGUGCCUGCAGUCUGUCAGCGGUAAUGCACCGGCGAAAGGAGAGGUGGCGGCAUUAGGCAGGAAAUGUGCCGAAGGAUCUGACGCCUUCAAACGAGUUUACACAUUUCCAGAUCCUGACUGCAGUUAUGGUUUACAGACCGGUUUAUUGAGCGACUCUAGACUCAUCAGCAGCUCUGUACUGGGCGACAGUUAUACGGCAUCAUAUGGAAGGCUUCGAAACAGAACAAGUGCUUGGUGUCCAAAAGACGAUGACGACGACCCAUAUUUUCAAAUAGACUUAGGUUACGUGGACGAAAUAAGAGGCUUGGCCACUCAGGGUCAUGAGGCUAAGUAUUGGUUCGUGCGCACCUUUACUCUGAGUUUCAGCCUGGAUGGUAUCACGUGGUUUAACUACACCGAGAAUGGACUAGGAACUAAGGUGUUCAGAGGGCGUUCUCAUCCAAUACUAGUCAAGCCCAAUACAAUAGAACCCUCUGUGACAACUCGAUUUUUACGAAUCAAUCCAGUCCAGUGGUACGGUAAACCCUGUCUCAGAGUGGAGGUGUACAGAUGUUCACUUAGAAAUGCUGAUCCUUACGAGUUAUGAAGACCAAGCGGUUGCCGGGACUGAUACCGAAACAUUUUUGCUCCUGAUUGUCAAUCAUGAUUCUCGUCACAGUACAUGGAUAAUAUCACGUGUUAAGAUUUCAUCACAUGCCCUGUUUGAACGUUGGGAGUUUAGCAAAAAAUAAAAACAUGGGCCGUCAGAGGCGUAGCACUAAAGUUUUCCAUCCUGUGAGCUUGCAUUUUCUUCGGGUCUGUAAAUCUCUUGUCAACCCUCCACACCUUGACAUCAGUAUGU